AUGGCUUGGGCCCUGUCGGGCACAAGUUUGCUUGUGAUUGUUGCUGGAUACAUGCUGCUCUUGAAGAGGCAGGCUGACUACAAGCCAGGAAUGGGUGGCUUGAUAAGGAGGCGGUAUGCGACGCCGCGAGAGCCUCGAAGUCCGCGGACUCUCACUGGUAGUGUUCGCGCCCUGCUUCUCUUCGCUGGUUCAGCGUCGAUUAUCGACGGACCCUCAUUCAGAAUUACCGACGGCAUUGCAUUCCUUGUCGAGGCAGUCAUCGUGCCUUCCACCCUCACAACGUCCCCCAGUGUCAUACCACAGCUGAAUGUUACGAUCGACUUGAGUUGGGGCUACAAUGACAAUGACCUACCUACCGCCAAGGGUGGCGAAGGCCGACGAGAUGAACGCGAAGGAUCUAGGCUCCGGUUUGUUAUGCCGGCCGUCGGUGGUGCCAAUGACAGGUUUGUGUCUACAACUAGCCAGCAGGGUAUCUCCUCCACCAGUCACUGGCUGGGUGAUGUCCUGGUCUGUCAAAAGAUGAACUGCCAGCAAAUCUCGAGACUUCCUGUGCUGGUGACAGGCGAGGACGGCCUGUUCUCCCGUCAGCUCUACCAGGGAGUUAAAAUCACCUUGACCAGAGCAACAUAUUUCUACGUCAUCUUGCCCCAUCCAGCAGCACAGAUUGCGGGCUAUCUUCACACCUUGCACGCCGAGAAGGACAACACCCCGAAUCCUCCUCCGGGAAUGUAUCGGUCCAUAAGCAGCGAGGAGGAGAGGGUCAUUCGGGGACGUCGAGGACUGAAGAAAUGA